GUGUUAAAACAUACUCAAAAGGGAAAAUGUAUACAGAUGAAAAGAAAAAAGGCAAAAACCAUGGCUCAAUCUUUGUCUAUUGCGUCCUCUGCUUCGUACUCAUCGUGGAAGUUGCAAGAUUCGCUAAACCUUAUUACGGCAACCUUCACAACCUAAUGGAGACAGAAGCACUAGUAGUAGAAGAAGGAUUCGUGGACGUGAUGAACUCAGGGAAACUCCCAUGUCCCUUCAAGACAUCUCGCUCUGCCUCUGCUAGGAGUCACGAGAAGCUCUCGGGACUAAUAAGACGAGAGGAUAGAGCUCGUCCUCCAUCUUCGUACUGCGUGAAGUUUCAGAACUUUGCAACUAUGGCGAAACUGGUCAAAGACAAUGGUGACAAGUACGAGUCACGUCCUUUCUCCGUCGGUGGAUACAACUGGACGUUACUAAUCUACCCUAACGAAAACAAGCCAGUGGGCUCGGGUGGAUUCGUUUCGAUGUACGUGAGAAUCGAUAACUCAAGCCUGAUAGCCAACCCACACGAUGUGUAUGCAGAGAUCACAUUCCUCACAUAUAAAAGCACUAUAGACAGAUACCAUUUUCUUCAGGAGACUGAUGCACAGAGAUUUCAUUUGUUUAAACAACAGUAUGGACAGCUAAACUUUCUUGAGAUUGGUUACUACAGGGAUCCAGGACAUGGAUUUAUUUUCGACGGUGGACAAAGUGUGUUUGGUGUUGACAUCCUCGUUGCUAACCCCUUUGAGAAAUGGGAAGUUUUCUCUUACGAAGAAAACAUUCGUGACCCUCUUUUCAACUGGAAACUCACUAAGUUCUCUACAUGUAAUCUUGACUCUUACACUUCUGGUUCGUUUUCUUCUGGAGGAAGAGACUGGGUAUUGAAAGUGUAUCCAAAUGGAGUUGGGCAUGCAACGGGCAAUUCGUUGUCACUCUUUUUGUUAAGUGCCUCAAAUGAAAAGGGUUACGUGAAAGCCAAGUUGCGAGUUAUUGACCAGAUUCGGUCCAACCAUUUGGAGAAACAAGUGGAGGGAUGGCCUAACGCAACAGAAAAUGGAUGGGGGUUUGAGAAGUUUAUAUCUUUCGCAGAUCUCAAUGACUCAACCAAAGGUUUCCUUGCUGAUGACGCCAUCAAGUUUGAAGUCGAGAUCUUGUCCUUCUCUAAAACCGACACUCUCUAAGUAGGGUUUAAAAUGAUCCUACAAUCACUCUUUAUGUGUUGAUUUUCCUGUUUUUACCGGAGAUAGUACGUUGGUGAAAAACCAGCAGACUAAUCUCCGCCGCUAUGUAAUUCCACGGUGGCCUAGUGAAUUAACAUCACUCUGGUUUACUGUUUGUCUAAUAAUAAUGGGUUCGAGCUUUACUAUGUUAA